CUUUUUAACCCCCCAACCCGCAGCAAACCGAAACCUGAGUCCGCCGCCUCGUGUUCGUCUUUCCACCAAAUCCCCGAAUCAGGUUUUGGAAACCCUAGAAACUUGAAUGGAGCUCAUUUCCAACCUAAAGCAGGCAGAUGGGAGCAGCGUUGGUGAGUUCAUGCGCGAGGAUGUGAGUUCCUCCUGUAUCUCCAGGCACGGGGACAUCCUCAGAUUGGACGACCGUCCGUUCUACUGUGAUGAACUGCACAGGUCCGGUUUAUUGGCGUGGCUUAAAGAAUUGAAGGGUGUCACUGUCGAUCUUCCUACUAUGCCACCGUUGUAUAUAAUCCACCACCGAGAUCUUCUUGAGAAAGGAUGGGGAUGGCAAAGGCUGCUUCCCUACCGUGGCAGUGUUGAUUGGACCGUCUAUAAGGGAUAUCUUAAGGAGUAUUGUAGCCAAAACGAUGGUGAAGUCACAGCUCUUUGUGUCAAUAACAAGCCGUACGAAGAUAAGAGCUUUUUAGCCGAAAUGCUGGAUUUGGCGUUGCCUCUGAUUAUGAUACACUGCUUUUUGCAGCCAAUCUGAGUGUUGAGGCUGAGAUCAACUUUCGUCUUUGCUUUCAUGACGAACUCACUGAUGAUGAGAUGAAGCUGAGCCAUCAGAUCCAGGAUCGUGCAAACCAUGUGAUUCAAUCACCUGGUGAAUAUUGUGCUGCAACAGCAGCCGCUGCCUUGGUGUGUAUUGUGAAGGAGACUGAGCUACUGUUUGAGCUGCUGUUAUCUGAUGAUGAUGUUGAAACCACUGAAAUGACCGCUUUGAGCAAACAGGUUAGGCAGACUGCCUUAGAACUUAUCCUCUGCAGAGGCCCUGAAUCUGCUGCUGUUGCUGGCGCGAUGGUGGGUUUGGCGAAGGAGGCUAAGAUUAUGCGGUAUCUGCUGAGUCGAGUGGAUCGUCGUGUGUACAUGGACUAUUCUGUGUGUGCUUUGAUCCGUAAACACACUGCAGAAGCUUUGACCAAGUUUGUAACGGAAUUUGCUUGUAAAAGUCCUAGUAAUGGUGAUGUGAAAGCAUCUACCAAAUCAGAGAAGCCUGGCAUUGUUGGGGAUCUGAAGUGUGAAGAAUCUGAUUCAACUGAUCACUCGAAUAAGGGUGUGAACAAAUGCUGUGAAAUUGGCAGUAUGGCCAAGUUGAAGGAUGAUGAGCUUGAAGGGGAGGCCUCUACGAUGAGCUUGAAGGGGAAGCCUCUACAGACAUCUGAGACAUGGAAGGUGAGUGAUUAAAUUGAGAGACAGAUGAGCCUGUUUUCAGAUUCAUCCUGCAUCUGCAGUGCCUUGUGGUUUCGAAAUGAAACAGUAGAAGUUACAAACUGAAAUGCAGGUUUCUUGUCACGAGUGUAUUGUGCCAAUUCCCUAUUUGCCAUUUUAAAAGAAUUGCAAUCCCUAUUUCCGUGUGGUUUAGUUAAUCAUACUAGAAGUUGCAACACUUUUCAAUUAUAUGCUUAUAACAGAAAAUGUUUUUGUUUAAUAAUGGUGUACUUCUCUUGCAUUAUCAUGAGUGUACUGUCUUCAUCCCUGACAUAUCAUGGCAAUUUAUCUGCAGUAAUGGUCAACUGGUUGUGUGGCUUAUUUUGGGCUUAAGUUGGGCUACGGUUAAACUAGUAGGUCAGUUGUUGCUGUGCUUUCAGAUCAUGUUAUCGGAAGUACUUUCAAUACUUUUGGUACUGCAUGUUUCCUUGGUUUAUGAUGUGAAAUUUGUACUUGUUUUUAUCUACUCAUGCUGUAUUUGCCUAGUUGGUUAAUGGUCAUUUUUUUUCCAUAACUAGCUGGUUGCCCUUGUGUUGCUACAGAUUAAUCACAUCUGGGUACAAAACAUUUCAAUUUUUGCUUAUCUGUACGCUAGCUGCAUGUUUAGUUUUGCAAAUUGCACCCAUAGCUGACGAGCAUUACAUGAUCUUGCUCUCUCAAAGCUCUCAAAGAGAAACUUCAUCUCAAAUAUAUCAAACCUCUAUCAAACACCUUCGUGCAACAGCUGUGACGGCAACACCUGUAACUUUGAAGGCUUGAGGAAGCGGAGUUCUGUUCCUUUAGAGCGACUAUAAUAAAGCCCACAGCAGCCUGGCGAGGGGUGAGCGCAGAACUUGGGUCACGUUGGGGUCACGUUGGGCGCGGCUCUCGGCUCGGGGAGACGGGGACUUUGGGUGGUGACCAGUGACCACACGAACGAACGCACAGCACAGGAGCAAGGACUGAGUGGCCAUGGCAGUGUCACGUCUCGGGCCGCCAGUGGCUGAUUAGGUCCGCUUAGUGUUGUGUGGGCUUGUGUCAGCUCUGCUUAUCGGCCCAUGUUGGCCUUGUAAUAGAACGGCCCGUGUUGGCCCUGUAAUGAACGGUAUAAAGACAGCCUGGUGUUGGCCGAGGAAGGAGAGGCAGUAACAGAAUCCAGAACAACUUCCCGUUCUGUUCUU